AUGGAAUUCCUAAGUAAUUUCGACUUUAUACACUACCUUUCCCACGGAAAACUCUGGGACAGGCCCGAUCCCUAUUACUACACCUGGCACGAGAAGCCACAACAAAAAGACGGAGACAGCGUCGACGGGAGAAAAGCCAGCCGCAACAUCGCACAGCACCUUGAAGAAGGCGACCACAAAGUAGUCAUUUUCUGGGGUUCUCAAUCAGGUACUUCGGAGCGCUUUGCCGAGCAACUCGCCAGGGAUUGUUCUCUUAGAUUCGGUCUAAACGCCUUAUGUGCCGACCUCUCUGAUUUUGACGCCGACACUAUUGCUCUUAUUCCACAGAGCAAGUUCGCUAUUUUUCUCCUUUCGACAUACGGCGAGGGAGAUCCGAGCGACAACACCGCCGGUCUUUGGACUUGGUUGAAGAAAAUCAAGGACGAUAAUGUGAAACUUCCUAACUUACGGUACGUAGCCUUCGGGCUCGGAAACAGCAAUUAUAAGUACUAUAACCGCGUCGUCGACGUCGCGGUUGAAGCGUUUGAUCAAGCUGGCGCGACAUCACUACUUCCGACGGGAAGAGCCGACGACGCCGAGGGAGCUACGGAAGAAGAUUUCCAAGAGUGGAAGGAUGAUGUCUUUGGUAUGUUCAAGAAAGGGUUAGGCUUGGAAGAGAAGAUCGUCGAGUAUCAACCAAGCGUAAAGGUAUCAUUUGGACAGGAUCCAGUUGCGCGUCCUGGCAACAUCAUCAACCACGGCAGCCCGGUCUCGGAAGCCUCCUCCACAAGCUCAUCUGUACGUGCUCUGCCUGUUACUAAGACACACGAACUCUUCACAUCCGGCGAUCGAAACUGUCUUCACAUGGAGCUGCAUCUCGCAGAUCACCCAGACGUACAUUACAAAACCGGCGAUCAUAUCGGUAUUUGGCCCUGCAAUCCCAACGAAGAGGUCGAGCUGCUCAUCUCAGCCCUCGGACUCGAUGAUCAACGAGAUGCAGCUCUUUCCAUCUCCGGAAAAGCCAAGAUCCCCUCGCCCACGACUGUGUCUGCACUCUUCCGAAACCAUCUCGAAAUAUGCGGACCGCUCUCUCGCAAGACUAUUUUCGACCUCGCCCAAUUUGCACCAACUGCAGAAGCAAAGUCCCGUGCGCUAGAACUGGGCGGUAGCAAAGAGAAAUACGCCGAUUUUGUCUCAUGCACGCACCUCACAUUAGCUCGAUUUCUCCAUCUCAGCAGCCCGGAUGCACCCUGGUCGAACCUGCCAUUGUCGUUCAUCGUCGAAGCCAUCCCAGCGUUACAACCGCGGUAUUACUCUAUCGCAUCAAGCAGUGUAAUAUCGCCGCGAAAAAUCGCCAUCACCGUUCUAGUAUCCAACAAAACGCUCCAAGGUGCAUCGUCGCAGACCAUUUUCGGCGUGACCGGCAAUUACCUCCUUUCGAUGUCAAAGAUUCCAUUAGCCCCCACGCAAUCCUCUACCGAAGCACGACCGGGGUACGAUUUAGCGGGUCCGGAGGGUAUCCUUCAAGGCACGAAGCUGUUCGCGCACGUACGAAAAUCGAAAUUCAAGCUCCCGAUCGCCAGCAGUACGCCAAUCAUCAUGGUCGCAGCUGGAACCGGUCUUGCCCCCUUCCGAGCUUUUAUCGCAGAGCGAGCGAAACUACAUGUGGUCGGAAAGAAAGUAGGGAAGAUGGUGCUGUUUUUCGGAUGCAGGCACCCUGAUGAGGAUUUUAUCUAUCGAGAAGAGCUAGAGGAGAUGCAGGCCAAGGUUGGCAGCGAUAUAUUUGAAAUCGUCAUGGCAUAUUCGAGACACGGAAAAAAGGUAUAUGUGCAGGAUCGCAUUACAGAAAAUGGCAAGAUGGUAUUGGAUACUCUGGAUUCUGGAGCGAACCUAUACAUAUGUGGUAGGGCGAGCAUGGCGAGGGAGGUAGACAGGCGUAUCGAGGAAAUCGCAAUUGAGCAUAAGGGCAUGUCUAAUGUGGAUAUCAAGGCUUGGACGGAUGGGUUAAAGAAACGUGGCAAUUGGCGAUCGGAUGUUUGGGGUUGA